UCGGCCAAGAAACAGACGUGGCUCAGAGACUAAUUAAUGUGUAAAUCAACUAAUUAGUUUUUUAUUUAAAAAUAUGUGCGAUAAUAAAAAUAUGAACCGGUAUCUUUUUAUUUAAGAAUACAUUUGAUAUUAAUGUUAACUGAUACAAUGUUUAUAGCUGCAUUAAAUAUCAAAAAAUAACAUUCAACAUAAUAAAGUUAAAGUAUGGACUCCCAAAAUGUUAAUAAUUACUUUUUGUACUUUUCUGCUAUUGCAGCAAAUAUGUUCUUCGUUUCAUCUGGAACUAUGUUGGUAUGGAAUUCUCCAGUGCUGCCAAAGCUACAGUCAAAUAACACUAUAAUAAAUCCUUUACCAACGCCAAUCACAAUUUUUGAAACUUCAACAAUUACCAUGAUGUAUCCCUUGGGGUCAACCAUUGGCUCACUUUUAAUAGGAAAAAUCCCCGACAUCAUUGGGAGGAAAAAAACAUUAACCUGCUUAUCAUUUGUUGUUAUGGUGUCCUUUAUAGCGCUAUCGUUUGCCAAUGAAGUGUAUUUUUUCUUUAUAAUUUUGCCUAUACUUUCAGCUAAUUUAGCUGCAGGGUAUAUCGUAAUUCCAACAUAUGUUUCAGAAAUAGCUGAAGACCACAACAGAGGAAAUUUGGGCACAAUGAUGUCAUUUGGAUAUGGAUUUGGACAAUUGUACGCAUACCUUAUUGGGGCCACCACUAGUUAUAGGUUAUUUUGUUUACUGUGCGCCUUUCCCCCAUUUUUGGUUCUACUAUGUUCAUUAUUUAUUCCAGAAUCACCAAUAUAUGCUACACUUAAAGGAAGGCGAGAACAGGCUUUGAUUAUUCUAAAAAAGCUAAGAAAAUCCAAACCAGCGCGCGAUGUAGAAAUCGAAUACAAUGAGAAAGAACAGUUUUUACUGAAUAACACAAUCGGACCAAAAAUUAGUUUUAAAAGUUUUUUUCUAGACCGUGCUGUUAGAAAGGGAAUAGCGCUUUCUAUUGCAGUUUUUGUAAUGCAAAAAGUGGCAGCAAACUAUUUAGUAUUAUCAUUUUUAGGUACCCUGCUGAAUGAUGCUGACAGUAAUUUAUCUGGAGAUAAGUUAGCCGUACUAGUGCAAAUCAUAAAGAUUAUUGCUGCUUUCGUGGUUUUUUAUGCCGUGGAAAAAAAAGGAAGAAGGUUUUUAUUUUUAUUGGGAACUAGCCUAUGUGGUGUUGCACUGUUUGGAUUGGGUAGUUAUUUUUAUUUUCAACACAACGGCUAUUACUUAAAUGGUUUUACUAGACUGAUGCCAGUGUUUCUUAUUAUUUUUUUUCUUGUAUCUUAUACCUUAAGUUUGAGUUCGAUUCCUUCUAUUUUAGCUUCAGAAUUACUGCCAAAUGAACUCAGGUCGUUGGGGUUGAGUAUAGCUUUGUUAUUUGGGAAUAUAUGUUUAAUCGCUAUUUCUUUUUCUUAUCCAAUAGUAGCAAAAUAUUUAGGAGUGCAUUAUUGUAUGUAUACGUUUAGUUGUUUUUGUUUCAUUGGCUUCAGUAUUAUGUAUUUCGUAUUACCUGAGACUAGAGGUAAAAGUUUUGAGGAGAUAAGAAACAUUUUAAAUGGCUAGGCUGUAUAGUCCAAGAGCUGGAAGGGGAUUUUGCUCGUGAUCGGUAAUACGGACAAACUAUAUAAGGAUAUAUUUAAUUAGUCGGGUAUAAGACUUUCCGCCGCCCCUUUGUCCCCCACAGAGCUGUCCGCCCCUGGAGAUUUUGCUUAGUUAAGUUAUGACUCAUUUAUUUCCAAAUUUUGGUGCAUUAUCUCGAUCACGAACUCCACAAAAAAAUACAAUAAAACCACAACUUUUACCCCUUAUAACUGCCCUCGUCUCCGCUCGUGUUGGCAAGUCAUGCAUACGACUAAUCCAACAUAUCCCGGUAAGUUUGUCCAUAUUACCGAUCACGAGCAAAGUCCGCUUUUCAAUCUCUUCGACCCCAAUAUUUUGAUUAAUAAAAUAAGACUGAUUUACAUUGUUACUAAUUUGUUAUGAAACUAUGUUAAAAAUAAAUUUUUUAUUGAUA